UCGUCAUUUCCGGUGAAUGGGAGUGACGGGUCAGAAGGCGGAGGGGGAAGAUGGCGGCGCCGGAGGAGCGGGAGUUGAGCCAGGAGCAGACCGAGAAGCUGCUGCAGUUCCAGGACCUGACAGGAAUAGAGUCAAUGGACCAAUGUCGCCAAACCUUGCAGCAGCACAACUGGAAUAUAGAGGCAGCUGUUCAGGACAGACUGAAUGAACAGGAAGGAGUCCCCAGUGUCUUUAACACUACACCCAGCCGGCCGCUGCAAGUGAAUACUGCAGACCACAGAGUGUAUAGUUAUGUGGUGUCUAGGCCACAGCCGAGGGGGCUUCUCGGAUGGGGUUACUACCUGAUCAUGCUUCCAUUCCGCAUCACAUACUAUACGCUGCUUGAUAUCUUUAGGUUUGCUCUUCGCUUCAUUCGACCAGACCCACGCAGCAGAGUCACUGACCCAGUCGGGGACAUUGUCUCCUUUAUACAGAUGUUUGAAGAGAAAUAUGGCAGAACACAUCCUGUGUUUUACCAGGGGACCUAUAGUCAGGCGCUUAACGAUGCCAAACAGGAGCUGCGCUUCUUAUUAGUAUAUCUGCAUGGGGAAGAUCACCAGGAUUCUGAUGACUUUUGCAGGAACACACUAUGUACUUCAGAAGUCACUCAGUUCGUCAAUAGCAGAAUGCUGUUUUGGGCUUGUUCCACCAAUAAGCCGGAGGGGUUCAGAGUUUCUCAGGCUCUGCGUGAAAACACCUACCCAUUUCUUGCCAUGAUCAUGCUGAAAGACCGCAGGAUGACUGUUGUUGGUAGGCUGGAAGGGUUAAUUCUGCCACAGGACUUAAUCAAUCAACUGACAUUCAUAAUGGAGGCCAACCAGACUUACUUGGUGUCUGAGAGACUGGAAAGGGAGGAGAGGAGCCAGACACAGGUGCUGAGACAACAGCAGGAUGAGGCAUAUCUGGUCUCUCUGCGAGCUGACCAAGAGAAGGAACGUAAGAGAAGAGAAAAACAGGAGCAGAAGAGGCGAGAGGAGGAGGAAGCACAACUUCGACUGCAGGCAGAGGAAAGAAAGAAGAGGAACCUUGAAGAAGAGAAGGAACGCAGAUCCGAGUGUCUGCCUGCAGAACCUGAGCCGGACCACCCUGACAGUCUGAGAAUAAUUUUCAAGAUGCCAAACGACACCAGAGUGGAGCGAAGGUUCCUCUUCACACAGUCCCUUUCGGUGAUUCACGAUUUUCUCUUCUCCUUGAAAGAGACUCCAGAACAUUUCCAGAUAGUGGCGAAUUUUCCUCGAAGGGUAUUGCCGUGCCUUUCCACUGAGGAAGUCCCUAUGCCUCCCACCCUCCAAGAGGCUGGACUUAGUCGAUCACAGAUUCUCUUUGUACAGGAUCUUACGGACGAAUGAUAAAUAUCUAUUUUUAUUUCUCCCAAGGAUAUUUGGGAUAGAAGGAAAAUGGGGGGGAAAAAAAAUUAUAAAAUAUAUAAAAAUGCAGGUAGGGAGGAAUGAGAAACAAAUUCUCAUAAAAACAUUAUUUUUUUUUUUAAGUAACUGCUGCUACUGACUUUGGAUCUUGGCAUCUUUGCCCAGGUAAGGGUGGGAAGGUAGCAUGUUGCAGUGAAUUGUCUUUCCCUAUUGGAAGGGGAUGAAGGCCAGGUGACUAGGAACCUAAGAAUGCAGGGAGACUUUGUAAAGUUCCUUUUGGUGUUUACCCAAGUGACAAACUUCUCACUUGCAGGAGAGGUCUGCAGAGCAUGGCCUUGUAUUAUUCUCCACUGCAGCAAAGGAAGAACUAUCUGCAAAUCUGACACCCACACCAGUCCCUCUGCCAGGUUGUGUGGGGUCAUGUGUUGUCAUGUUUCUGAGGAACAAGAGGAAAGCACUUUCCUUACUGUGUAUAAAGUUGUUUUUUCUUUUUUUGUUUUUUUUUAAUUCACCCUUUCAUUGCUUUCUAAAAGACCAAAGGAGAGAGAUCGGCAGCUGUGUCUGACAUGCGAGGAUUUUCAGUGGAUCCAGUUUUUGAUUAGUAUGUGUGAGGGAUUUUGCUUUGAGCUCAAAGGGGUCCUGGUAAUUGCCAAUCCCCUGUAGUGUAAUAAAGGCAAUAUAUAGCGACUGGUCUCCCUGCUUAGAUGCCUUCUUGUCACUAGCAUACUGUAUGUUCCAACUGGUCUAUAUUCCAGAUUAUAAUUUAUUCCAGAUAUAAAUUAAAACAUUUUAGAAUUUCUCGGUGUUAACUGUUUAUGUGGAAUACCAACUUGUACAGUGACCAUCAGUUCAUGGGAUCUUCUCCUGUAAUCACGUUUCAGCUCAUUAAAAACCAAUUGGGGUU